AUGCGACUCAUCAAUACCGCGACACUCGAGGUCGAAGAAUUCUUUGAUGUAUCCAUUCCGGAAUAUGCUAUAUUAUCACAUACAUGUGGCGACGGUGAAGUCUCACUGCAAGACUGGGCCGAUCGCAAGAACCGUCGCUUCAAGCCCGGGUUCCAGAAGAUCGUCUGGGCCUGUACUCAAGCUGACAAAGACCAGCUAAGUCACGUAUGGGUGGAUACCAACUGCAUCGACAAGAGCAGCUCUGCAGAGUUAUCUGAGGCUAUUAAUUCCAUGUUUAGAUGGUAUCGACGAUCUGCUGUCUGUUAUGUAUACUUGGAGGAUGUCCCUGCCGUGACCUUGGACGAAUGCACCAAGCCGGAUAGUGCAUUUAGGAAUGCAAGAUGGUUCACAAGAGGCUGGACUCUCCAGGAACUGAUCGCACCGCCAAAUGUCAGUUUCUUCUCCAGCAACUGGACCAUGAUAGCCACAAAGUCCGAGUUGGCACCUUGCAUCACUGAGAUCACAGGAAUUCCUUGGUCAUGUCUACUCAAGGGCAGGCUGUCCAAAGCACAUCCACUACGGAGAUACAGUGUUGCACAGAGAAUGGGUUGGGCUUCCCGUCGUUCCACGACACGUAUUGAGGAUCAGGCCUACUCUCUCCUCGGACUGUUCGACAUCUCCAUGCCGCUUGUAUAUGGAGAAGGGUUUGAAGCUUUCACAAGACUACUUGGAGAAAUCAUCCAUAAAUACGCAGAUCAUAGCUUCUUUGCGUCCCGACUGCAAUAUGUCGAUUUUCUCCCUCGUUCGCCUUGGGAGUUCUCCGACUCUCAGUCUGUGGUUGUUAGUAGCUCGCCGCAGCUGCAGAGGCAUUACACACCAGGGGAUCACUCGUACUCGUUUCAUCUGACCAACACCGGACUGCAGAUCACUCUGCCCAUUGUGCCUACCUUGGUUCCUAAUUUUGUAUUUGGCGUGCUUGAUUGCUGGGACAUUGAGACCACGAGUACGAGGACAACGCGACAUGUAUCACGGAUAUGGAUACCACUCCUUAGGAAGGGAACUGGCGAGUCGCAGCGGUAUCUACGAUUGAUCUGGCCUCAAACAUUUUUCCCGGUGAAGAUGGCUCGGAAGGACAGCAUAAUGUUUCACGAAGAGGAACUUCUCCCCAGAGACGAUCAUGCAUCAGAUGAUUCAGACGAACCGUCCGAUCACAUGGAUACAGUGUCGACAGCGAUGCAAAGAAGUAUUUUGGUAAAGAAGCCAUUUGCGACUAUCCUCUCAGUCCCUACAUGGAAGCCGCGUGAAGCAGGGAGUCCAUUUCUCCUCUGCUUUCCCCGAGGAACAGCAGAUUAUCGCCUAUACGGCAUUUUCCCCGGCGUCGAGUCUGAUACCGCGUGGGCAUUGGAGACACCGCCUGUACUGCCACUGAUAAUGCCACGCCGUAUUCACAGAAGCAUCCACCAGGCGCCCGAUGUUGACCUGUUUGGAAGAGUCGAAACGGACAUUUACGCUGCAGUGGUUGUGUUCAAGAAGAAAAGAUCAAAACCACCAAGAUUCGUUGCUAUCUUCCUGUCCAAUAUUGCGCAGCGGGAUAAAGCAAGGAUGGUUUUCGAGCCUAGAGGCAAGGUGAUCCCGAACUGGUCACCAACUGAAGACGCGGAUUUGGAAGCCGUUGAUUUCUCUACCUUUCCCGAUGCUGACUUUGAUGCCAACACAUUGGUUACGGUACAGAAGAUAGCUAGUAACCCCAGAACAAUAGCUGCAGGUCGCGAGCUUCGUUUUAUAGGACUCACUCAGAUUAUCUUUGACAGAGAAAAAAUGAUGGAAGAGUUACGAUUACAACAAGAUAGUAACAAGACAUCACGGGGAAUUCUGCAGCAUUAUGGUCGAGAUUCGUCAGACGAAGGUGCUGACAAUUGA